UUGUAAGCUGUGUAAAGAAUAAAUAUGAAAUUAAAUGAGAGAACAACGGUAUAGAAUUCAUUAGUUUAUUUCAUUAGCUUCAAAAAUGAGAGAGAAAGCCACGCAAGUUAAACAUAAAAUAUUAUAGAUUUUGACUCAGCCCCCAUUGUGUAUGAAAUCGAAAUUAGAGAGAAAAAAUGAAUUGGACAUUUAUUAUCUGAUGUUCCGAUUAAUCCAUGACUAUUUUAUCUUCAGUGCUUGACAGAUAAAGUUGGUAAAUAGUAGUAUGACUGUUAAGAAAUCUGCAGAAGAUUAUCCGACUUCAGCAAGUAUGUCUGACAAUGGUGUCGAACAGUCGUCGAGUAAUCGACCCUCAAUCAGCAGUUAUGAAGAAGAAGAAGUUUAUUCGAAUACACAUUUACACAAUGUUUCAAAAAACAUUUUACAACAAAGAUGCUUCGAAGAAAUAAGCAGAAACAAAGCUUCAGAAACGUCCUCUAGAGUUCAAGAAGAAUCAUCAAUUGCUGAGAAUCAAACAAACAUAAGAGGUUUAAUUUGGAAUCCACUUCUGGCUCAUAGGCAAUAUCUAGCACAAAAAGAAUGCAUAUCCACUAAUUCUGAUAGUAACAGCAUCAAGGAAAAGUCUAUUACAAUUCGCUCUUCUACACCUUCUGCUAUAGAUUCACUAAGAGGAAUGGCUGCAAUGCAAUUUCGCAAAGAAUACGCUCCAGUUUGUAAACCAUAUGAACAGAUUUCGCCAUCUAUGUCUUGGAGCGAUGAAAAAGACCCAACAGCAAUCGAAAAAAAUGAUGAAGUCAAAUUACGAAAAUCUGAUACAACGAGUGAACCGAAACCGUGGAAUGAUGCGGAAAGCACACAACUUUAUCAAUAUGGCAUCUCGUCAAAUUCUCACACGGUACCUGCUUUGGCACAACAGAAAAUAAUGGAAUUUUGUGACGAGUCGUCGACUGAAGAAAUAUCCACAAAUCCAACACCAGAAGAUUUAGAUGAAGAUGUUUUUGAUGAGGAAGUCACUGUUGACGAAAAAGACGAGCCGAUUUCUAUAAAUAUCAAUGACAAUGAUUCAAAUAUGCUUGACGAUAAAAAUUUGGUUAAACCGCCAUAUUCGUACAUCGCGCUUAUAACAAUGUCGAUAUUGCAAUCACCGCAUAAAAAACUGACUCUCAGCGGCAUUUGCGAGUUUAUUAUGAACAGAUUCCCUUACUAUCGUGAGAAGUUUCCUGCUUGGCAAAACUCAAUCCGACAUAAUUUGUCUUUGAAUGAUUGUUUUGUUAAAGUUCCACGCGAGCCAGGCAAUCCCGGCAAAGGGAACUAUUGGACAAUGGAUCCAGAUGCCGAAGACAUGUUUGACAACGGCUCUUUUCUACGUCGCAGAAAACGAUUCAAGAGACAAAGUCGAAAUCCAUUGCGGGAUCACAUGAUAGCAGCAGCAGUAAAUGGAGUUCCAGUUUCAUAUGGAAGACCCUAUGGAAUGGGGUUAUCGGGACCCCAAGCUGCUGCAUUUGCCGCCGCAUUCAACCCCUAUUCUUACUUACACCAGACGAUGCCACCUUUAUUGGAUCAUUCUCAACUUGCGAGCAGACAAGCAGCCGCCAUUUUUGGAUUUGGUGGGCCAAACACAGGAUCGCACCUGCCUAGUUUGAACCCAACAUCAGCACAAAAUGCAAUUCUUCAAUCCAUAAUACCGUCAUCUACCACACACUGUACACCUCAAAGUUUACCAAGCCUGGGAAAUGUUAUUCACCCGAUGUAUUCUUCGAUAUUCGGCAGUAGAAAUCAUAGUUCAACGAGUUCGCCUCCACUGGAAAGCUUAAAAUUGAAUUCCCCGCGAGGAUCAUCACCUCGUGAACAUUCAAAAUCGUCGGGAUUUUCAAUUGAUAAUUUGAUUGGCAAAAAGGAAGACAAAAUCGAGCCUCCUUUGAAACGAAAAUCGUGCGGGGAAUCUGAAAACUCACAAUUUAAACGACGAAGGAAUUCAAACUGUUCAUGUUCAUCGAAUUCUUCACAUGAUCAUGCAAUACAAUCGAAGAAACACGAAUCUAGAACUGAGUCUAAUCGUUCCAGUUCGGAUAGUGACCAGGUCGGUGGUGGUUCUUUCGUCCCGCCGAGUUUGCACCGCACUAGUCCCGGUGUGUCAUCGGGAAGUUCUCCGAUCCACGAGAAUCGCCGUAAAAACAAUGGACAAUAUCAUAGUAAAGCAAUUUAUAAUUUCGAGUCAAAUCAAAGCAAAUUUAUGAAGAAUUCAAUAACCAGCGAUGACAUCGUUUCUCAAAUGAGAGCUCAUGAUAACUCAAGCUCUGCGCUCCGGGGAAAUUUUUCAACCGUUUCCCCCGACCAAGGAGCAAUUUAUAACUCAUUAUUAAAUGCUGCCAUGGUCGGGCGAAUGGCAGGUUUGACAGGGAUACACUCAAAUCCAAUUUUGUCUGGUGGACCAUCUCCCCCAGGGACAUUUAACACCAGUCCGAACCCCUCAUUGCGGCCAAACGCACAACUAAAUUCAAUACUCAGCUCAAACGCACAGAAUUUUCUUAAGCCAGUCAUAGGAUGGCCUUCUAUGGGACCGUUUAUGUAAUUUAAUAAAGAUUUAAACAACAAGAACACAAUACAUACCAAAAUUUAUAUACAAUGUAAUUUGUGUCAUGUGGUGUAGAUGUAGAAAAUUCAACAAUGUAUUUUAUUUGUUAAUAUUACUUUAAUAAUUUUUUUUAUCGUAUAAUUGAAUCAAUUUUGAGAUUUUUUGCAAUUGCUGCUACAUAAUUGUAAUUCUGCCAUAGAGUAAUUUUUAUGCAGUUUAUUUCACUGAUAUGUUUCAUAAAAGUUAGAACAAAUGACGACAUGCUGUCCAUGACCAUAUGUAACUUAUUAAAUUUUACAUCGGAUUGAUGACGCCAUCUUUUAAUUCAGUAGUGGUAUUUUCUUUAAUUCAUUUUUUUAUCAAAUCGGAGACAAAUGCUAUAAUGUUUGGUUUGAAAUGCUGUUGAGUUUAUUGCAAUAAGGUUUGUGUGAAAGUGAGUAUGUGAGAAUCGGUAGAAAGUAAUUUUAUAACAAUAUUUGAAAUAUCUAAAAUUGAAGUCAUGCUUUUAUAUGUAUAGUGUUAAAUUUGAUGAUAGAUUUUACUGGAUUCUUUGGCAACUCGACUUCUAUAUUCUCCAUACUUUAAUUUAACAGGUUUGUGAGUUUCUUUAUUCUAUAUGCUGGCACAUGUUCGUAUUGCAUUGCGUUAGUAAUUUCCUGGUGUUGUUUUUAAUGAAACACGACCAGGGGUCGUAAUAAUAAACAGAAGUUAUGAAAAUUCAAUAACAAACGUCACUAUUUUCAUUUCACAAAUUGAAUAUAAAUACUACAUGAAAUGUAUUUAUACAGUUUAAUUUUUUUUCUGUAUUUGAAAGUAUUUCAAUAAAUUGCAUUGUCUAUUAUAGGAUGAGUAACUUUUACUAAAUUAGAUUAGAAACGGUCGAAUUAAGGUUUGGAUUAUGAUAUUAAAUAUUUUUUGUGUACUCUUUUGUUAUAUCUUACUUCUUUUUGCAAUUUGAGUUGAAACUGACGUGGUAUAAUUGUUUUUCAAUAUUAAAAUAUUUCAAUUAUGGAA